CUCUUUUAGGUGGAUCAUUCCUAUGAUGUUUUCCUCUAUUUUUUUUCUCUUCCUCGGAGACUUCUUAUUAGUGUAUUCCAUGAAUCUAACUCAUUUCUAAGCAGAUUUUGAAACGUGAACUUCUUUUUCAUCUUCAAUUAUCUAAGAUGAAAUAUGGUUUGAUCCGCGCUUUGUAAAAUCUGCACACUCUAGAUUAGACCACAUUUGGAUGCGUGAGUCUCAUCUUAAAUCCGAGGUUUCAUGUUUGAUUGUUCCAUCAGAGAUUAUAAUUGAAAUCGAAGAGCUUGUGCUGUGCAGAGGUUCUGUCUGAACCCUGAGUACUAAGAGUUGGGUAAACACUAAAUAGCAUCAACAUGGACAUCUCACAAUCAGAAAAUGAUGAGAAGAGAACCGUUUGGAAGAAAUCAAAGAAGAAUCUGAAGGUGGCAAAAACUGGGGUAAGUCAUGACAGUCCCCAAGAAGUUGAGCUUGAAGGAUUUCCCAAAAAGAGGCGCCAUGAAGAUAAUAAUCCCUUGCAAUUAGGAGAUUCGUCACACUUAGAGAGGCCUUGCGUAAUGCCACUUGUACCCCUCCACAACUUAGCACGUAGUUCAAAGGCAUCAGUGAUCUUGAGCGGAACAGCUUGUAAAGGAGCAACCGGACCUCCAAUUGGAGCUUUGGACAUUGGACUCAGCAAAUCUGCUUACUAUUUCCGUAUUGCUCUACCUGGAGUUAAAAAGGGCCCUGGUGAAUUCAAGUGUGAGAUUGAACGUGAUGGAAAGGUUCAUAUCCGUGGGGUAACAUCAACCGGCGAAAAAGUUGUGUCAAGGUAUUCACGGGUGUUUCAAAUGAAAUUUCAAGAGCAUUGCCCGCCUGGCGCUUUCACUCUGUUUUUUAGUCUACCCGGACCAGUUGAUCCAAGGUUAUUCUCACCCAACUUCAGAUCAGAUGGCAUUUUUGAAGCUGUUGUUAUGAAAUACGAACCAUAACCACCACAUUUUGUAGUAGGGAGAUGGCUGGUAUUGGUAUUAUGAAUGAACAAGAAGAUAGAUUAGACAUAUAUGGACAGAUGAUGCUGUAAAUUAGGGCGUGAUACUGUAUUUGGACUCUUAGAACACAAUGCUUUCUAUAUUUA